ACUGGGUGCGGGGUGCAGAGAAUCCGGAGGCUCGCCGGAGCAGAGCAGCACCGAGGACAGCUCCUGGUCUUCGUCCGCCUCCGCCCGGGCGCUCCGCACCGACACACACUCGCACUCUCUCACAUUCACACCGCAGGCACGCUCCUCGCUAUACAAUGGCAGAAUCCCACCUGCAGUCAUCCCUGAUCACAGCCAAACAGUUUUUCGAGAUCUGGCUUCAUUUCGACUCUGACGGAAGUGGUUACCUGGAAGGAAAGGAGCUGCAGAACUUGAUCCAGGAGCUCCUGCAGGCGCGAAAGAAGGCUGGAUUGGAGUUAUCACCUGAGAUGAAAACUUUUGUGGAUCAGUAUGGGCAGAGAGAAGAUGGAAAAAUAGGAAUUGUAGAGUUGGCUCAUGUAUUACCCACAGAAGAGAAUUUCCUGCUGCUCUUCCGAUGCCAGCAACUGAAGUCCUGUGAGGAAUUCAUGAAGACAUGGAGAAAAUAUGAUACCGAUCACAGUGGCUUCAUAGAAACUGAAGAACUUAAGAACUUUCUGAAGGACCUGCUAGAAAAAGCAAACAAGACUGUUGAUGACACAAAGCUAGCUGAGUAUACAGACCUAAUGCUGAAGCUGUUUGACUCAAAUAAUGAUGGAAAGCUGGAACUGACUGAGAUGGCUAGGUUACUACCAGUGCAAGAGAAUUUUCUUCUAAAAUUUCAGGGAAUUAAAAUGUGUGGGAAAGAAUUCAAUAAGGCAUUUGAGUUAUAUGAUCAGGAUGGCAAUGGAUACAUAGAUGAAAAUGAACUGGAUGCUUUACUGAAAGAUCUGUGUGAGAAGAAUAAACAGGAUCUGGACAUUAAUAAUAUUCCAACAUACAAGAAAAGCAUAAUGGCUUUGUCAGAUGGAGGGAAGCUGUACCGAACAGAUCUGGCUCUUAUUCUCUCUGCUGGGGACAACUAGAGUUGGAGUCACAACUACUUGCUAGUGAUACAUUGUAUCUAAAAAAAAAUAACUGUGCACUAUAAAGGAGUAGGCUGUAUUUUCUUUUAUAUCUGUAAAUUUUACUGCAUAUAGGUAAUUAUCCAGGAUGUGUGGCACAUUCUUUUCUGCUUGUUUCUAUACUGUUUGUAAUGUACAGUUUUUGUAACUAUAUGAUUGAAAAGGAGAAAGUCAUUAUUUAAGCCAGUCAGUAUACCCAAUUAAAAAUAACCUGACAUAUUCUUACUUUUAUAAAUACAGUUGUCCAUGAAGAUUCCCCUGAAAUUUUUCCCCAGGAUUAAUCUCUAAAAUUCUAAUCUCUAAUGUAAAAAUGCACAUUUAUCACUGAAUUUGAGAACUAUAUGACAAAGCCAACCAAGACAAUCAUAGGACUGUCCCACAAAGUACUUCUAUAUUUCCAAAUACUAGGAGAAAUGUGCAUUUCUAAUCUAAAAUAGUCACCAAAAUACCAAUAAACAGUUAAGUCAUGGCUUUAUGAAGUUAAGUUUCACUAGAGAUUUAUUAUUAAUCAACAUGUCUACGGCUUGAAUCUAUCCCAAACUAUGACUCAAGUUGAUGUGACAAGGGAAGGUAGCACCAGGUGGCACAGAUCUGAUUUUAAGUCUGUUUCUAACAAGUCUACUGUCAGAGUAUGACUUUAAUCCAUUUUCUAUUUUCAUGUGUUUCAGAUUAUAAUUAUUCUGGUAACUGCUGUUUUAUGUCAUAUUGUGUGUAAGCUCUGAUUAAAUUUAAUAUGCUAAGUA